UAUUCCAAGUCUCAACCCAAGACCAAAACCAUCCCAUACAACAAAAGUACAAUCCAUUCUCUUCAACUAAUCACAAUGAGCCAUGAACAGCCCGAGAGGCCUCAAGCGGAUCCAAUCAAGUACGCCGACGUUUUUGACGUCUCCGGCGAUUUGGCAUCCCAACCCAUCGCUCCAAAAGACGCAUCUCUCAUGCAAGCUAAAGAGAACCUGAUAUUAGGCCAAACUCUAAAGGGAGGCCCCGCCUCCGUCAUGCAAUCCGCGGCCGCCGUCAACGUCCUCCACGGCGACGUAGGUCGUGGCGAACUCUCCGCCGUGGCAAGGGAGCAAGGCGUUAGCGUCUCCGAAGGCAAAGUGGAUGGCCAACGCGUCAUCACUGAAACGGUGGGAGGACACGUGGUGGGGCAAUUCGUUGAGCCCGAGAUUCCGAUGGAAACCCCGGGCACCGCGCUGGAGCGUGAUGCCAUAACCAUCGGCGAGACGCUGGAAGCGACUGCGGUGGCCGGAGCGGGCGACAAGCCGGUGGAUGAAAGCGACGCCGCCGCAAUACAAGUGGCCGAAAUGAGAGCCACAGGGAAGAACGAGACAGAGAGUGGGGGGUUGGGUGCCAGGGCCCAGUCAGCAGCCACUCGUAACACACGCACUUUGCCUCAGUCCGACAAGACAACCUUGUCUGAUGUUUUAACAGAUGCUAGGAAGAAACUGCAAGCUGAUAAAGCGGUGACGCGAGAAGAUGCAGAGGGAGUGAUUGGAGCUGAGCUGAGGAACAAGUUGGACAUGAAAACUACCCCUGGUGGAGUCGCUGCGUCCAUGGCUGCAGCAGCCACAAUAAAUCAAAAUAGAAAUACAUGAAGAUCUUGCAUAUAUGGCAGAGUUUAAGCAAAUAAAUCAAGUCACUCUGAGUUUGACUUGGAACACUAGGCUAGUUUGAACACUUUUUUGUAUGUUUCACUUUCUCUUUGGUACUUUUGUGUACUCGGACCCUCCUACUUUAAUGUUAGUUGUUUUUUUUUUUUUCUACAAAAAAGGAUAGAUUCGUUGUUGUCCAUGGGGAAAGGAAAGGGAAUUUUGGGCUGAAUAGGCCUAUAGCUAAGUUCUAUGAUAACCAAAACCCUAUAUGGUCGGUGGGCUGACAAAAUAAAUAGAAGCCCUUCAUAAAAUAAAAAUUAAUCAAUAUUUUGUUUAA